AUGAAGUCCUGCCUCGCAACCCUUGCCAUAUUCCUAGGCAUCGCCCUCGCGGCACCCACCGCGACCGCCUUCCCCAAGCCUGCCUCUUCGACCGGCCUCCCAGCCGCGAAAGUCAUCCCCGCUGGCACCACUUUUGAUGGCAAAAUGGUUCGCUACUCACGCUCUCCAGACACGUGUCAGGACCAGACCGAGACCGACGAAGCCGCUGCCAUGUUCAUCGCCGAGGACGGCGCGACGAUCAAGAACGUCAUUCUUUCCAAGGAACAGGCAGAAGGUAUCCACUGCCGCGGCGCUUGCACAUUGGAGAAUGUAUGGUGGGAGGAUGUUUGCGAGGAUGCUGCUACGUUCAAGCAGCCCGCUGGAAAGACAUCAUAUGUCAUCGGCGGCGGAGCUAAAGGCGCCGCAGACAAGAUCUUCCAAUUCAACGGCCGAGGCACCGUCAGCAUCAAAAACUUCUACGCAGAAGACUACGGCAAAGUAAUCCGCUCCUGCGGCGACUGCACCGCCAAUGGCGGACCACGCAACGUGAUCAUCGAAGGUGUGACGGCCAAGGAUGGCGGUGUGCUGUGCGGCAUCAAUACCAACUAUGGCGACACAUGCAAGAUUGUAAAUUCCUGUCAGAGUGACAACAAGAGCUGCGACCGUUACAAGGGCGUUGUGAAGGGUAGCGGCAGUUCGACUAAGCUUGGCUCUGGGCCCGAUGGAACUUACUGCAUUACUAGUGGGUUUACAUCAAGCUGCUAG